GGCACGACCUCGGCAUGGCGCGUCACAACGGAUCACUCAACACUCAAAUUGCGCCAGGAGGCACGGCUUCCUUUUUGCCUCAAAAGGAGCUCAUCCAAAGCCCUCUUUGGCAAUAUCUCUUCAUGAUGCGAACCCAAUUGAGCCGGCUUGCGCUCGCAACAUCCACCUUUGCCCCACCUCGACUCAGCGUUCAAUGCCUUUCGCAGCCGUAUGUUCGUUCUCUUUCCACGACCGCGGAGAGUGAAACUCGGUCCAAACCUCCCACGGCUUCGCUGAGCUCGCGCUGGCUGUCGGAUCUCAAAGCACGGAUCGGCAAAUGCAUAACAUUUGGUCUCACCAAAGACCAGACGAGCGAAGCAUGCUCCGUCUUGGAAGAGAUAGCACAGGACUGGCGAGGGCUGCUAGUGGGCAGCGAGGGUUUCCUCACGGACAAGGACCGCAUGGGACUGUACCGGCAGGAGGUCGUGUGGGGAGAAAUGGUACUUCCUCCUUCGGACCUGACUGCAUGUGGUUUACAGAAGCUAAUGGGAUCGUUGGGCAUGGACUAGGACAGCAUGGCCACGUCAACAACGUCGUCUACAACCGGUACGCAGAGUCGGCGCGCGUCAACUGGACGCGCAACUUUGGGAACAUCUUUGACCCCGCUCACAAGGCGGAAUGGAGAGAACUCAUGACGCCCCUCGGCGUCGGGCUCAUCCUGCGGAGCAUCCGUACUGACUACAAAUUUUACCCCGCUGACAGGAAGCGGCAGCCAUUGACAUGGCCGGAUCGCGUGACGGUGCUGCAUAAGCUGAGAACCGAGCCGACGCCGGAUGCAGAUCACUUCGUGCUGGACGUGGUCAUCUUGUCGGAGCUGCAUCGUCGAAUCGCAGCGAGGUGUUAUGAGGACAUUGUCGUGUACGAUUACCGGGCUGCGAAGAAGGCGCCGCUGAAGCCGUUCAUGCUGGAGCAGUUCAAGGAGACAUGGAGGCUGCAGCAGGAGGCGCAGAAGACGUAUAGCACGAAGAUAUCUGCAAGCUGUCCGUGGCACAAGCUCCCGGAUGGACUUGAAGCAAAGCAAGCAAAGUUCCAAGCAUUUUUCUAUCCGUCGAGCCGCGGCUUGACUGUGGACUGCACCAUGGAUCAAUGGAUCUCGGCGAUCUGCACACCCGUUGUGCGCGUGACUGACAUAGCUUCUUUAAGUUCUCUCUUCCCAAUCCGUCUCAGGCAGGUCUGGAGAAAAAGCUCCGAGCCCAGGCGCAGCUUCUCCAUGCAGCAAACCGGAAGGAGGGAGACUUUUGGCAUCCAUUUCGCAUCCAGAGUUCUGCAUGCAUGGGCCUAUAUCCGCACACUGCCCUUCUCAGGGGUGUCCCCGGGUAUCCAAAUGAAUAGCUGCUGGAUGUUUUGUUGGCCCUUUAGGUGCUGUACUCUGUACAUUGGUCAACCCUUUGUCCAAGUGGCACCAGCGACAGCAUCGGGCCCCCGCCUAUUUAGUAGGUGGAGCAUUGCGAGAAUUGCUCGGGGCUCCGGGCAAGGCGUUGAGGAAAAGGCAAAAAAGAAAAUUUCGAACCGUCAGCGCGCUGGUCAGAGGUGGUCCGCUUGGCUUUGCUGGUUCCAUGGAUCCAUAAUCCAGACUGGUGGAUGGGUCGUCGUCGUGCAACAACAACGAACCGCAAUCUCUGCCGAGUACCGUUACCCCAUUCAACACCGCCCCCUUCGCCUCAUCCUCAAGCCGAGCAGCGGCUCACUCCUACCAGUCUGGCUCGUCCUGUCCAGCAGUCGAGCCAGCCCGGGGAGACAGGCGCCGCCUCGACCGCCUCUUAUGGUCACGAAGACUAAGAGGAACGGGGGCAACACGCAUGACAAGAGACACGAGAACGGCCUGGCCGCCCCGGGGAAGCGCAUCGCGAAGCAAAAGAGCAACCCGCAGCUCAACGGACAUGCCAAUGGCACAUCCCCCGAGCCCACGUCCACGCCGCCGCUGCCAGACAACGUCCACUCGCAUAUAAUAACCCACCCGGGUGUUCCCUCAGACGCCGUCCAUGGCCCGGUGGCCGCUGCGAACCACUCCACCGCUACCGCUGUGUCUCGCGCUUCCCCGGCGCGCGAGGGAAGGGACAGCUGUGGUUUGGAAGGGCCUUUCGACGCUCACGACAUCGGCCGUCCGUACGACACCCGCCCGGACGGCAGCAGCUCCGAUGCUGCCUCCCUCAGCUCCCCACGGCCCUUCGCCAAGUCGGCCCCGUACAAGAACAAUAUGCUCACCAUGGCCACCACCAUUCUCACCUCCUGUCCUCUGCGGGACGUCCUCGCCAUCCUCAUUCUCCUUCUCCAACUCCCGCCCACCGUCCUCACUCUCGUACAGUUCCUGUUUGCGAGCCUGACUUUCGUGCCUCCUCAAGCGGGAACCCCCCUCUCCGCCCUCUCUGUAUUCCCUUCCUUCACCGACAUCUUCGCAGGUUCCGGCGGCUCUCCCUCCAUCUUUACCAUUGUCUUUGCAGAUGCCUUUAUACUGAUCAUCUGGCUUAUGCUGUGGGUUCCUGUGCAAAGCUUCUUAUUGGAUCUGGCGCAAGCCGUGAUUGCAAUAGCGCUUGGGGGCGCCGCCGCAGCCCAGACGGGUAGGACCAACAGUAUAUUCAUCUGUUUCGGCAUCAUCUUCACAAAACACGUCUUCCGAUCACGGCCUCUCCGGCAAUACGUCUCCCACCUCGCGGGGAGCGGGCUCUUCCGGGGAGGCCUAGACUUUCUAAUGAGCCCACCACCUAGUUCGUCUUCGAAUUUCAAAAACUUCUCGACUACUCAUGGUUGGCCGCGGAGUUUGUUAGGUAUACAUAUUUUAGCCCAGGGGCUUCUUCGUAUGAUUCGGCGUUCGCUUUCCAGGCGAGACGCAGCACAACCGCUACCUACUGGCAAGAAGACGGAUCCCGAGGCCGGCGUUCAUCUGCCUCGUCCCAGUACCGCCCAGCUCGAUCCCACCGCCGACGUGCCGGGCUCUCUUACCGGAGAUGGGCGUCCACCCGGACCUUCGCCAGCCGCACAACCGGCUAGAGAUAGGGUUAGCAGUAGUAGGAGGAAGCGGAAGCAGGCCGCACAUGUCCGGAGCCAACAACCGUUCUGGGCUGCGCUUGCGAGUACAAAAGUGACUGUUAUGAAAGAGAUGGAAAGCAACCGAGCGGCGAAUGACGCCGGCGAGGCAAAUGCAAAAGACGCAAAUCACAUUGGAAACGCUCUAUGGACCGGCGAGGAGGAUCGUGUUUGGAUUUCGCAGGUUGGGCCGACGGACAUCUCGUUCCGUGUUAGUAUGGGUAGUGAAGAGGAGCCGCAGGACGAGGGAGAUGUGACCAAUGGACACGCCGUAUCUGGAAUCGACAGAUCGAAGCCGUUUUACCUCAGGGUGAAUGGUGCAGAUUGGAGUUCUACCCGGAUCCGGCCGGCUGAGGAGGAUGGUGAAACAGGCAUCUGGACGGGAGAGAUCUUCGGUCUCACGGCUCUGGCGAACUACUUUUGUGAGUUUGUCAGGACCUCUGACAACGAAGUCUUCUAUUCUACCAGCCUUAUCACGUCUGUCGGGCCCACCGAUGAGCAGGUUCCCGUUGCAUCCCCCUCAGCCCACCAAACACUUCGGCCUUCAUCACCCACAACCACGCUGAAGAAUUCGAUAGCCGCCGCAGAUCAGAAGCUGCAAGACCUACGUAACCGCUUGAAACGCAAUAGGAAGGACCACAAGGCCGCCAUUACCGCCAUCAAGAAAGAGGUGGAGACUUUGACCAAUCGUCUCGCCAACGCCGGAGGUAACGACGAGCGCCAACACCAGCGAGUUCGCCAAUUCAACCAGAACAUCAAGCAGGCAGAUGCUGCUGCUGCCGAUUUCGCCCUGCAGAUUGACUCUCUUGGAGAAGUUCCCCGGGAGGAGAUGGACAACGCCCACGCUAAGAAGCAGGCAUGGAAGCAGGAGAGGGAUCAUAAAAACGCGGUAUCGGCCGACCUGGAGAACUGCAAGAACGAGAUUGAGCGCCAAGCCCACAAUGUUGAGUCGGAUAUUGCCGCUGUUCUGCAGAAGAGGGAGCGACUUCGCCAGCGCCAGACCGCCCUGAUCGAGAAGCAUGACCGGUUGAUCACCGCCAAUAUCGAGGGCCUCUCUGCCAAGCAACGUCGUGAGCAAGAACGGGCCGCGCUGCGAGCAGAGAGGGCAGCGAUCGAAAACCAGUACCGGAGCAGCAUCAACGGCUUUGAGCGGCGCGCGAACGAAAUGCAGUCGCUCACUGCACAGCUGCUGGCAAACAUCCAGCAUCUGGAGACUCUGCUCCUCCAAGAAGCUCAACAGCCAUCGACAGUGCCGUCUACCCCCGAAGGCCCCCUUCCCGGCACCAGCACCGUUUCCCCCGCACCGUCCAUUGCAUUCAGCACCAUCCCGUUCCCCUCGCUGACCGCACAAGUCAACCCCUCUACCAGCACCCCGGCCUCUAUCCGCGGAGGCCGCGGCCGCUCCUCGUCCAUGCUGUCGAACAUCUCCGGCUUCACGGACGGGUUCGACGACGUGGGAUCCCCCUCGUCGACCUUGGUCAGCAGCGCGGCCGGGUUCCAUGGCCCGAUCGGAUUCUCGCUCAAUGGCAGGAAGGGCAGCCAUGGCAGCGGCAGUCUCAGUUCUGGGACGUCGAGCCAGAGCUCCAGCCAGCGGGAUCCGCUGAGCCCGGUGCCGGUGAAGAAGCAGGUCGCGGUGAGGGGUCCGAUUGGUGGUGGUGGUGGUAGUGGUCGUUAGUUGGGUACUUUUGGUCUGUUUUUGAGCUUGCUUGCGAGCGGUGGGAGGAUUUGAAUGUGUGGGCUGCGUGGGGAUGGUUGCGAGAUGUCCUGUGUCGGUGAGCGUUGUUGUUAGCCGGUAGAUAGCGUGUGACCAAUGUGAUUUUUUGGGUCUUUUGGUU